AAGAGCAGACGAAGUACGGAUUUAUUUUGGUAAAACUGACUUACUGCGUUCCAAUCCGAAAUAUCUAUCAAAUUCUUAUUUGACAAUUCCUUUUCUUUUCACAAUUUCCCGUUCAUUCGAGCCUAUGUGGACUUACUCCUUCAUUAGCAAAGAAUCGGCGGAAAGUUGGACUGAGCAUAUAACCAGUCGUGAAAGUUUACUAUUCUUACAAAAUGGCCGAAACAAAUCAAAGCAGUGAAGAACUGCUAGAAAAUUUUCGGCGACAAUGGGAAACGGAGAUUUCUGUUGCUAGGAGUCAACAGGCUGAAACACAUCACAAUCAAGGAAAAUCCACAUCAGUACCAGUUGAUAAUCAGGAAGGGGAAUCUGGAACAGACAAGGGCGAUAAAGUUGCAGGAAAUGUGGAGGAGGCAGCUAGCAUGUACUUGCGUGGAGUAAAAUAUGAAAAAUCUGGAGACGUGGUGGAAGCCAUUAGAUUUUACAAGCGAGCCAUGCAGUUGGUCCCAGAUAUUGAAGAAAGAAUUUAUACAUAUCAAGAAAGCAAAGAAAGUAAUAAAUCCAUUCCUUCUGACCAGAGGAGCCGCAGAAAUUCAAUUUUGGACGUUCCCUUUGCCAAUGACAAUAAUAACGCCGACGUUGUUGACGACGAACUUCCAGUUGAGUUACUUGAGAAAUUCAAGAGGCUAACGUUACAGGAUGGAAGAGUUUGCGCCCCGCUGGAGGAGCCAAAGACCACUCACAUAUCAGACUUACCACGCGAAAUCAUUGCCUACCUGCUGAAAUGGGUCGUUUCGUCUGAGCUUGAUCUUCGCUCAUUGGAACAAGUUUCAUUGGUUUGUCGGGGGCUCUACGUCUGCACUCGAGACAGCGAGAUAUGGAAACUGGCAUGUCUUAGCGUCUGGAAAAACGAAUGCAAUCCAGCAACGUUUGGCUUCAGUGGAUACAGGGAUAUGUUUAUCCAUCGUCCUCGUCUCCAGUUCAGUGGCUGUUACAUCAGUAAAACAUCAUAUGUAAGGCAGGGAGAGAAUAGUUUUCAAGAUACGAAUUACCAGCCCUGGCAUUUGGUUAACUAUUUUCGCUAUUUGCGCUUCUAUCCGGACCGUACAGCCGUCAUGUCUACGACGGCUGAUGUGCCCAGUUUAGUCGUUGCGAAGCGUUUAAAAAGAAAAGAUCCGUCCUGUUUCCGCGGAUUUUACACACUCCACGGCAAUAUUGUAUCAUGCAUCUUUAAGCGUAAGCGGGUUCCCGAACGAGCCGAACGCAUUGAGAAUAUCAGGCACAGAAGAAGAAAUGAGGAGGCCAACAAUAAUGGCAGCACAAUUGCUGAGCAAAUUUUCGAAUUAGAAUUGGAAAUCAAGACGGUCAAGAAAAAACUUCAUUGGGCACUCCACUGGAAACGUUACGCAAUCCAAACUGUUUACCAAGAUAAAGAUCCAACGACUGCUGAUUUUGAUAUUACCGCCUCUCGUUUCCCGCCUCUGAUCUUCAGUCGUGUAAGAUCGUACAAUGCCCUCAGCGAAAAACCUCUUUAAAUACGAACACAAGUUCUUUCCACUCAAUUGCAAAUACUUUUGACAAUUGCCUGUGCCUGUGAAAAGUUCUUUUUAAUUUGAUUUGUUUUACUAUAGAAUAAGAAAUUAAUGUGUUACCACGGGAAAAUGAAAGAACUUGUUAACUUUA